AUGGCGCCCACUCGCACCAAGGCCUCCAACAUCGGCCAACCAGCCCAGCCAGCCCAAUCCUCACGCAAAGGCAAAAAGGCAUGGCGUAAAAACGUCGACCUCACUUCCACCGAGCAGUUUCUCGAAGAACAAUCCCACCCCCUCCGCCAAACCGCCUCCGACCUUCUCUUCGUCGAAGAUCGUUCUGGUCAGGAAACUCUCCUGGCCAAACAGGCCCGCACGAAACGACCCCUCAAAUCUCUCGAGAUCCUACAAAAUAAAAUCGGCCAUGCACCACUCCUUCCAGCCAAGAAGCAGAGACAAGCAGCCGGUGUAGACAAGAAAGUCGAACAACGCUUGAGAAAGAUGGUUGGACGUCAGCAGAUUGGGACGCAAGGAGAUGCUAGUGCGAUUGCAGAUGGUAGUGCUGAUGUUGUAAAGAAGAACUUGGGGAGUGUGUAUGAUGUCUGGGGUUUGUCUUCUCCCUCAACUUCGGGUGAUGUUAAGGGCAAGUCAAAGGCAGCGGUGGAGGGUGAGGAGAAUUGGAUUCCACCUACACACUCCAAACCAGCCGUUCACGUUCCCAAGACUCUCCGUAGGGAUGAUUACAACAAUAUCGCCUCUAAGCUUCCCGCUGUUGAUCUGCCUCAUCCUGGUACAUCCUACAAUCCUGAUCUUGAGUCGCAUGAAGCGCUCAUUCAGGAAGCUUACCAGAUCGAAAAGCGACUUGAGGAGAACGAACAGAUGGACAAAGCCGAGCGAGAGAACUGGCAAGCCAAACUCGCUACCAUCAUUGCACGCGAGGCUGAGUUGCGUCUUCAGAAAGACGACGACAUUAGGCGAUACAGGGGAAUGAACCUCGACGUGCCAGGCAUCAACUCUGACUCCGACGACGCUGACGAGGACGACCUCGAAGCAGCUUCCGAACAGAGCGACGCAGAGGAAGACAAUGACGGCGCCCAAUCCACGACCGAACCCAAGCGCAAAACCCGUCAACAACGCGCCCGAGCCAAACGCACACGUCAACAACAACUCGAAGCAGCCGCACGCAAAAAAGCCCGUAUCGAAGCUGCAGCCAUCCUCCAACUUCCCGCUCUUAAACGUCGUCAAGCUCGUCUCGCCACAGCUAGAGCUCAAGCUGCUGAAGCCCGACGAGUGCAAAAGGAACAAAUUCUGGCGAAGCAAGGUCUGGCGGGUUUGAAGGUGGGCAAGCAUAAAGUACCUGCUCAGAGGUUGGAUGUCCAGGUGGGAGAUGACUUGAGCGAGUCGUUGAGGACUUUGAAGCCAGAGGGAAAUCUGUUCAGGGAUAGGUAUAACAAGUUGCAGGCAAGAGGUGUUGUUGAGCCAAGGGUGAAACAGAUGCCUAAGAGGAGGACGCAUAAGCUGAAAAAUUAUGAGACACAUGAUUAUAAGAAGUUCUCUUAA